AUGUCGAAACAAAUCAACAAGGUGACAAGCAGAAGAAUGCAUGCUAAACCGAGUGAAGAUUCGAAAGGAGAAAUAAAAGAUGCAGAAAAAGAGGAUGUCCUGAAAAAGAAGAAAGAAAAAAGGAAAACAUCGACCAAGGAAGAGGAAGAGUACACGGAUUUUGAAGAAGUGGAUGCUCCCAUGAAACCUGCGGUGGUCGAGAUUCUUUCGAAAGAGAAACAAGUUGGAGUGUUUCCUGGAGACUUGCCACCCUACGACAAUCCGACGAUUCAGCCAGUAAGCAACGAUCGUAACCACUCGGAAGAAGUGAAUAAAGGUGCAGAUUCCACGAUGAACAUUUCCAAGAUUUCCCAAGCAAGCGAAAGUGGACGUGCUGAAACACAACCAAAAAGUGAAUCGAAAACGGCAGACACUUGCCGGACGGCACUAGCGACGUCCCGUGAUGGGUUUGAGUUCUUGGUCUCGAGCGAAUUUUGCAACUGUGAAAAGUAUGAAACUGGAGGAAAAUCAAAGCCACCAUCUUCAAGACGUCACCACGUGCAUCGAAACGUUGAAGUACUGAAAAUGUCUAAAGAAGGGAUGGAGUUUCUGCUUUCGAGUGAACCGUUGCAACUCAAUAGCGAGCAACCUGCACUCCACGCUUCCUCAAAAUCUCCUCUUCCAAGCAAAUCGCUUCACAGUGAAAUGUCCACAGCUUCGGAUGGAGCUGCGCAGUCACCUGCAGAAAAUUCGGAGCCCAAAGUGCACAACGUGUCUGACCAGGGAAUAACCCCAGCAGAAUCAGCUCCAGAAGAGAAGACAAAUCCACCACGCAAAAAACAAAAGAUAUUGCAACCAAAAGCAUGUGCGGAGGUAAGCACAACUCUUUAUAUUUCAUUGAAUGAGCUUGUAAGUGUGUUCUCAAGUGAUCAUUCGAUCACAAGGGCGAACUUAUUGGCAUAA